GGCGCACGCUGCAACCGCCGGGGAUCGUAGCGCGCAGCGGCAGGCCGGCGGCAGACGCGCAUCCCGCGGAGGAGGAGGCACGCUCGGCGCGGCGCUCCCGGCUCUCCACGCCCGUCGCCGGGGACCGAGACAGCCACGGGGCCCGGGACGUGGCCACCGAGCGGAGCAUGAAACCGCUCUGCUCUGCGCGCCAGCCUGGAGUGCGAGCGGAUGCUGAUCACGCCGCGGUGGGAGCCCAGCGGUCCGAUUAAUGAGACACAUAAUGUAUUUUGGUGGUACAUGCCAGAGUCCUGCUCUCCCAGCCCUGGUCCGUCCACCAGCUCCCCCUUUGCAACCAUCGCUGGAUAUAAAACCAUUUCUUUCUUUUCCACUUGACACGACAGCUGCGGUCAACCUCUUCCCAAAUUUUAAUGCAAUGGACCCGAUUCAGAAAGCUGUAAUAAAUCAUACGUUUGGAGUUCCUCUUCCUCAUCGAAGAAAGCAAAUCAUAUCAUGCAACAUUUGCCAGUUGAGAUUUAAUUCUGAUAGCCAGGCUGCGGCCCACUACAAAGGCACGAAACAUGCCAAGAAGGUCAAAGCACUGGAAGCCAUGAAAAAUAAGCAGAAAUCUGUAACUGCCAAGGACAGCGCAAAGACUACCUUCACCUCCAUCACUACCAAUACCAUCACUACCAGCUCUGACAAAACAGACAAUACCACAGGGACAUCGGCAAUAUCAACGACGACAAGUGUGGAGAUUCGCAAAAGCAGUGUUAUGACAAGUGAGAUCACCUCUAAGGCAGAAAAAAGCCCCACGACAGCCAGCGGCAAUAGCUCAUGUCCUUCCACAGAGACAGAGGAGGAAAAGGCAAAACGACUGCUUUACUGUUCCCUAUGCAAGGUUGCUGUCAACUCAGCCUCACAGCUGGAGGCGCACAACAGUGGUACGAAGCACAAAACCAUGCUAGAAGCCCGGAAUGGAAGUGGAACUAUCAAAGCCUUUCCUCGGGCAGGAGUGAAAGGCAAAGGACCUGUUAACAAAGGAAACACGGGGCUGCAAAACAAAACGUUCCACUGUGAAAUCUGUGAUGUGCAUGUCAACUCGGAAACCCAACUGAAACAGCACAUUAGCAGUCGAAGGCACAAAGACAGAGCGGCUGGAAAGCCCCCGAAACCGAAGUAUAGUCCUUACAACAAGCUUCCUAAGGCAGCACAUCCACUGGGGGUAAAACUAGUGUUUUCAAAAGAACCUUCGAAGCCAUUGGCUCCCCGAAUUCUUCCGAACCCCCUAGCAGCUGCAGCAGCUGCUGCUGCUGUGGCAGUGAAUUCUCCCUUCAGUCUUCGAACUGCCCCUGCAGCAACUCUGUUCCAGACCUCUGCCCUGCCUCCUGCACUUCUGCGACCAGCUCCCGGACCCAUUCGGACCGCCCAUACUCCAGUGCUGUUUGCUCCUUACUGAAUUCCAAAUUGGAGUCACUGUACUGCAAUAAUUUUUCACAAAACAAAACAAAAGAGAACUAUGCAGUGUUUAUUUAUAGCUUAAAGCAUAUCUGAAGAGCCAGGACUUUUGAUAGUGAAUUGAAAAGAUUAUUUAAAAGGGGGAAUGGGUA